AAAGCAUUAAUAAUAUGCUGUGAAUAUUCAUCACUCCUGCGUAUAAUGAAGCGUUUUCAUCUGUAAAGCCAAUAGACGACUGCUAAGUUAUUAAUAGACAAUCACACACAACAUCAACCAGUCACAAGAGUCGCUCAUCACGACAUCGCGAGAACGCCAAUCAUAAUGCAGGAGAAAAUUACAUGACCUUUCAGAUUUUAAAUUGUAACUUACUUGCAAAACAAAUUUUAGUGCAUUAUAUCAAAUUUAUAUUCAAUACGACGCUUCAAAAUUAUUUAUUUUUAGUUACCCCAGUUAAACUGCUUCAAACACUAGGUGUAUUUAUUCAUCAUCAUUAUAUUAUCCAUUCAUCAUUAAAACGCAAACGCACAUCAUUAAUAUUUGCUCUUUCAUUGUCAGUUUUGUCAAGAUGAUGAAAGGUAUUUUAAGUUUCGGCAAGUGCUGUAAUAAGACUCAUACAAUAUUUAGAAGAUGUGGCAGAUUGUCUUGUCACAUCCAGAAAUCAAAAUGCGCUCAGGGUGGAUGCCCUGCAGCCAAGUUGCAGUCUUAUCAUUGGUCAGUGAAAGCCAAAUGUAGGAAGACUACAGGAACUGGCCAUAUGCGUCGUCUCAAGAUUGUUAAAAGGCGUUUCCGCAAUGGCUUCAGAGAACGCAGACUGACUGCCAAAAGGGCUGUAGCAUCUUCGUGGACCGUUCGUUGUUAAAUAAAUUAACAACCAGUUUGUCGACCUGCAACAGUUACUUUUUCUAUCAAGUAGAUUGCAGGAUAGUAAUAUUAGUGAGUG